UAAGCAUCUUUUAUUGAUCAAAUUCAAAUCAUCUUUGGCUAGAAGUGAAUAAGAAUAACAAAAGGUUUGUGGGCAUGUAUUUAUUAAUCACCUUUGGGUAGAAUAAAAAAAAUACAAGCCACACUUUAUUAAAUCCUCCUUCAUAAACUUCAUUUAUUAAUCUGGUCCAUAUCAGCUUUGGCUAGAAAAUGGACAUAAUGCUCGUCAAACAGCUCUGGCCAGAAUUACAAAUAGAAUCCACACUUAGCUAGUGGAUUUAUAAACUUAAUUUCACAGCAAAGACAAUGUAACAUGAAAAUAAUCAUCAUCACAGCAACGCAAUGCCAUAGGAAAAAAAACAACUAAGUAUAAUAAAUUGCAUUGGAAAAUAAAUAAACAUGAACAUGAUGAAUAUAAACACUAGAGAAAUUACCUAGCGUUAAUAAGCAUAACAAAUAAUGCAAAAAUUAGCCCUAAGACUCGUAUAUAGAUCUAAAUAAAAAAAGGAAAAAUCAAUUGUUCGUUUUUCAGAAUUAGACUUGGGCCCAUUACUAUGCGCUACCAUAAUAUCUUUUUUCGGCGGCCCGAAAUUCCUCUCAAGCUGCGGUUCCCGGUGGCCCGUGUGGCCCGUUCCACAUCCCCUUUCAUUCCUCUCUCUUCCUCGCACGGUCACAUCCGCGACGGCGACGAACGGGAGAGAGAGAGAGAGAGAGAGAGGCGGCGGUGAAGCCAGCAGCAGCGGCGGAAGAGAACGACGCCGGUGGGCGCCUUUCGUCGGAUUCGCGUGCAGAUCAAGGUUGCGCGCGGCUCCGUCGACUGGUGCUCGUCGGUGUCCUUCGCGAGGCGGGCGCGGACGCGGACGCGGACGCGCACGAGCGUCCAAAACCGGCACGGCGACGGGCCUCCAACGCCGACAAGCGAGCGAGGAGGCGCAGCGGACCCGAGCACACCCGCGCAGCUGAGGGGCUUGCUCCGGCGCCGUCGUGGCCAGCGACGACGACGACGACGACGACGACGACGACGAGACCCUCAACGUAAGAACUUGCCAAAUAUAUUUGUUUUGCUACGAAAACUGAAAGUGAUUGAGCUGGAAUUCUUCUCUUGACUCCAACAACCUGACUGCUACUUCUACCAUAACUUCUAUCUACCAAGCACUUUGGACACCAGACCGAGAACUUGCUACAGCCCGGAAAAGGAUUGUAAUACAACUUCCUCACUCAUUCAUAUUCCUCAAAAUUAGAAGAUGGCCCAUGAACAGGAGCUGAUCCUCAAGUUUGACACUAUGGUCGGUGAGGAGCGUGAAAAAAAGGAGCCAACUAAUCUUUUUGAAGGUUGGAGUGAUGAGGAAAAGGUAAGCUAUAUGAGGCAGUUGGAAUUCAAUCUUCCACAAUACAGUGAGGCACCUAAUCUUGAAGACAAGGAAGUCCCGGAUAGUGUAAUUUUUGAUGUCACAGAUCCAGAGAAAAUUCAGAAAAAUUAUGUUGCUUCAAUUGGUCAUUAUAGAUCCUGGCAAUAUGUUGGUUCCGACCGACGUUUUGAGUUUGGUUCAAAACAACGCACGUUUGUGACCAGAUCAACGGGAACAUUUGUAUUCUAUUAUAGAUACAAACAUUUUCUUGUUGGCUUGAUCGUCGACGGAUAAUGUGGUUGGGUGGAAGGUGCCAUAACCCGUAAUGUUCGUGAUGGCCUUGAGUCCGUGUUGCAAUUUGCUAGAAAAGGAUCUGCCCCAGAUUAUAUCAGAAGUGCAAGAACAUAUACUCUUGCCUAUGAUGGGAAUUAUACAAAGGGUGAAAAUAUUUCGAAAAUCAAAAUGGGAAUAUGGCAGCUGUGUAAUGCAAUAGAGGGAAUAGGAGAUUUUAUUCCUGGAAAGAGUAAGUCUGAACCUGAUCCUAUGAUGUGGCAAAUCUUGAUUCUUUAUGGUCCGGAAGCUGGAAGGAUCAACUAUAUAUUUGGUCGGACAAAUAUGUCUUUAUCUAUUGAUAACAGAGUGCAUGUGGGAGUUAAGAUUCCUGCUGAUCUUGAGCCGUUUGUGCUGAAUUACUUGAAACUUUCCAAAUGUGUUAUUGCUGUGCUUGAUGGCAAGGAUUUCUUCAUGUUAAGGGAACGACGCCAAGGAGUUUAUACCAAGUUUUAUUGGCGGUUCUGAUACUAAGAAGAAAAGUGGUGUAUCCUACUCACUUCAUGCUUUCAGAUGCUCCCCCCAUGAAAUAUAAGCGAGAGGAGCCUGAUCAGGGGAAGAGGAGUAAGGCACUCACUGAUGAGCAAAAAUUGGAAGCUGUUAAUGCCAAAGGAACCACAUAUCAAGUUGGCAAACAUGAUGGAUUUUCUAUUUACCACACCGAGAAAUGGCUUAUUGACCCAUUGAAACAGGAUAAGAGAUCUUUUCCAGAAAGGCCUGAGCUCAUGAUGGUCUUAAUAUGGGUAAGCCGGCUCUGGGGUUACCUCAGCAAAAAUGCUGCAGCACUAUCUGAUACUUCCGGUGUGCAACGCGGGUUAUCUAAUGAGAGUCUGAACCUGAAUGUUAAGAAAAAUCUUCUGGUUGCUGGAAUCCAACCUAGAAAUGCUCCUAAUGUUAAUCGAAAGACCUUAAUGCCACAGGAGCAUCAUGGUCUUGAGAGGCUUGAAUUAGCUAAAGGACAAAAUGCGGCCCAGCAACACACCGCUUCAACCUUUAUGUUUUGUCCAGAAAGGUCGACCGCUGACCUGUGGUAUUGGGAGGUGUUGCAUCAGAAGUUAGAACAGAAAGACGAGAGCCCAAUAGGUGGCAGUGGUUUCUCCAUGAGGAAGUCUGGUGUAGCUUCAAGGACUGAAGAUGAACUCUGUUAUGGUGAGCCCAGAAGCAGGUUGCCUGUGGCCUUGGGAACUGAUAAUGGCAAAGUGCCCGAAAUCAUGAAAAGACGUGGCAUCUCUAGAGAGACUGACAGAAUGGAUGCUCGCAAUAAGAAGGCCAAGUUAAUGGUUGCUGAGCAUGAACAAAGACGCCGUGUUGACUCAAGUACACAAGGUUCACAUGCUAGCACAAUGGACGAGGCUGACUAUAGCACUGAUAUCCUGACAGAUGUGCAUUUCAUGGCAAGGAACAAAGCAAUGUCGAUGCAUUUUAUGAAGUGCGACCCUGAAGGGACUGCAUAUGUUACUUUUGCUGACAGGGAAACUAUUGAGGGUGCUACUUCUUUGCCUGGGACGUCAUUCUCCUCUAGAUUUUUCACAGCAACCAAGAAAGGGGAGAGUCCACUGCCUGCCAGCUGCCUCUGUAACUGAAGAGCUGUGAGAGUGUAUGUUAACCAAAGAAAAUAGGCCUACUGAUCUAAACCUUGCCCUGCCAGGAACGAAACUGUGACAGAUCAUGUACUUGAUACAAAGUCUGACUGACCGCAGGAAUCUUCCCAGUUUUUCUUUUCUCGGGAUUUACCCUUACUUGUUACAGAUACAGAUAGAUGAGGAGAAUUUGGUUGACAGGUAUGAAGAAACCUCUGAAAUUGGCCGAGGUUAUAUUUUUCCAUGGCAUUUUGAGAUGGCAUGUGUCUGCGAUCCACAAAAUCAAUAGAAAGCAUGCCUUUUUCUGAAUGUGGUUGUGGUUGAAAAACAGAAGGGCAACCUGAUUAGUAGCAUCAACAUGCAAUAUUUUUGCUCUUUGUGCUGGCUCGGAUGUUAAUGUGUGUAAUCUUGGUUUUGCGUUGCUCAGACCUAUUUUGUGUCAUUGUUACAAAUUUUUGUUGCUGAUGAUCUUGUCAUUUCAAGACCAUUGAGGUUGAGAUUGCACGGACACAUGGACACAUGAUAGGUACUGGAUUCACGAAAUAUGUUGCCUUGAUGUAUAAGGGAACUUCCUAAAACUAGAAGUAAUCUGGAAGUAAAUAAUAAUUAUGUGACUGUGGCUUUAGAUGAGGAGAACAUUUUUCUUACUAAUGGAGAAGGGGACAAAAAUCCUGUUAACACCUGGUGUCCUGAAAGAGAGUUGGAUAUAGAGGAGUUUACUGUUGUUAGAUCUAAAGAAAAAAGAAAGAAAAGGAAGCUCAUGUUGUAUCUAACAUUAAUGUAGAACUCAAUGAUAUCUUAAUUAAUGAGGAACUUUACCUCCUUCAAGAGUCACAUGAGAGGUGGCUUUUAAAAGGGGAUAAAAACAUUGCCUAUUUCCAGAAGAUUGCUAAUGGAAAGAAAAGAAAAACUACUAUUCACUCUCUAUCUGCUAAUGGUGUUACUGUUGAGGGUGCAGAGAAUCUUUUGGUUCAUGCUACUGAGAAACUAUCUGACCUUGAUAAUGAAAUGCUCAAUAGACCAUUUACUGUAGAAGAGGUUAACUGUGCUUUUUUUCUAUGGAUAAUAAUAAUGCGCAUGGUCCUGAUAAUAUACCUGAUGAGUUCAUUCAGUGUUGCUGGGACAUUGUACAUGCUGAUAUUAUGAAAAUGUUCCAUGCUUUUCAUGCUGGCUCAAUGGAUGUGCAGAGGCUGAAUUAUGGGAUUAUUACCCUAAUCACCGAAUCUUCUUAUGCUAAUAAAAUCCAACCGUUUCGACCCAUUUGCCUCCUUAGAUGCUUGUAUAAAUUGAUUGAUAAAGCUUAAGGGGAAGUCAUUAGGUCCAGUAUCACUCAAAUUGCAUUUGGUAAGGGGAAGUCAUUAGGUCCAGUAUUUCCUAUUUUCACGUGUCUAUGUUUUUUGUGAAUAAGACUUCCAUUGGAAAGUUUGGAUAAACAUCGUAGAGGGAGGUAGGAAGAGGUAUUGUUUGUUUAAACGGUCUAGAGUGCGUGGAUCUGAAACUAAAGGGGGGUUGGGUAUUUUAAGAAGAUAAAAUUUAAGUUUCCUGGUUAAGUGGUGGUGGAAACUUGAACAUUUUUUGACAUUUUCAGGGCUAAAUACUUCAAGAGAGAUACAAUUGCCAGUGUUAAAGGGAAGUUUUUUUUUAAGUCUCCUAUUUGGAAGGAUCUUUUGAAAGUUAAAGAAUUUUACAUGCUGGGAAGGGGUAACUGUUAAGUCUAGAGAUGUUGCUAGAUUAUGCAAAGAAUCCUGGGAUAUAAUGUUGCCUUAUGUGAGAAAUUCUCUCAAUUAAGUGCUAGAUACAUCCAUUUAAGUGACAAGAUUUUUGGGAUAGA